CGUGCGUUCUGACGUCAUCAGACAGCGAUGCGAUGUUGACAAUGGAGUUAGUUCAGAGGUUAGAAUGAGGAGAAAAGUGAAUGGAGUGUUGAAUUAACGGAGCAGCCGCUGACGGUUCCUGCUCGACUCUCAGGCUGCAGCUGUUGUAGCUCCACACAGCAUGAGUCGCGAUGAAGAGACCAAAGCUGGCCGGAGUGUUCCUCUUCGUGGGCUGCCUGCUCGCCUACCUGAUGUUUGUGAAGCGUCACUACGCCGCCUUGAAGCCUGAGGCCUACAGACUACCUCCUCACCAACGGCCCACCUCAGACCAGAUCGGAGACGCCGGGCCGGCCUCCGCUGCUGUACGGAGCUUCCGGUAUGGCAUCAUGUUCGACGCUGGGAGCACUGGGACCAGAAUCCAUGUCUUCAAGUUCCAGAUAGAGAGCAAAGAAGCUCCCAGACUGGCCCACGAGACGUUCAGAGCCAUCAAACCUGGACUGUCUGCGUACGCUGAUGAUCCAGAGCAGUGUUCAUCGGGGAUCAUGGAGCUCUUGGAGGUGGCAAAGUCUAACGUCCCCUCCUCCGUCUGGAACAUCACCCCUGUGGUCCUGAAGGCCACGGCUGGCCUACGCCUGCUCCCUGGAGAGAAGGCCAACCACCUUCUGGACAGGGUGAGGACGUUGUUUCUGGAGUCUCCCUUUCUGUUCACAGACGACAGCGUGUCCAUCAUGGACGGCACUGACGAAGGGAUUUCUGCAUGGAUCACCGUCAACUUCCUCACCGGUGGUCUUCGCAGUGCGGACUCGUCCACAGUUGGGAUGUUGGAUUUGGGUGGUGGGUCGACUCAGAUCACCUUCAGCCCUCAGGACGAGAAAACCAUCCAGACCUCACCUAUCGACUACAUCAGGUCCUUCCAGAUGUUCAAUAACACACACACCGUCUACACUCACAGUUAUCUGGGUCUGGGUCUGAUGUCGGCUCGUCUCGCCGUCUUAGGAGGCGUCGACGCUUCGCCUCUAGGUGGCAGCACUGAGCUGGUCAGCCCCUGCCUUGCUCCGGAGUACUCGGGCAGGUGGGAGCACGCUGAUGUCACCUACACCGUGAAGGGACAGAAGGCAGGGGAGCCGGUUUACGAAGCGUGUCUGACCAAAGUGGAGAAGGUUCUGUACAGGAAGGUGAUGAAGGCGACUGAAGCUGCAGACGUGGAUUUCUACGCCUUCUCCUACUACUACGACCGAGCCGUCGACCUCGGAGUCAUCGAGGAGAAGAAGGGAGGAACCAUUAAAGUGGCCGAUUACAUCGAUGCAGCUAAAAGAGUGUGCAGCAGUCCGUCCUUCAGUCCGCUGCAGAGUCCGUUCCUCUGCCUGGACCUGGUCUACAUCUCGGUCCUGCUGCAGGAGCUCGGAUUCCCCCCGCACAAACAGUUCAAGCUGGCGAGGACCAUCAACCAGGUGGAAACCAGUUGGGCUCUGGGAGCAACUUUCCAUUACAUCGAGUCCCUGAAGAGACAAUGAAGGCUUUUAUUUUGAAAUGACCCUGGACGCCCUGAGGAGGGUCUGAAGCUCCUGCAGAUCCUCUGAGUGAAGCCUGACACCUGCUGUGAGCCGCCUCCUUCUAUUGGCUGGUCUCUGGUCCCAGGGGAUCGGGCUGUUGGUCUCAGUAGAGGUCCCGAAGAGUCCGAAACAGAGCCCCGGAAAACCGACAGACCUGAUCCCCACGGAUCGUUUAUGAUGCGCUCGAUAUCCGAGCUGAUAGAAAGUCCGCACGGAUUCACCGAGGUCCCAGAAAAUUCCAGACUCAACCAAACCUGAUUAGACUGCAAAUGAUUUGUUGGGGUCAAAGAGCAAAGUCCUUUGUUUAAAUACUUAUCCGUCCUCCAACACGUUAAAGUGAGGACUUGUGUUAUUUCUGAGGAGAACAAGGCUCGGCCUCAGUCCACCGCCAGUGUUAAACCGGAUUCUGUGACUUGUAGCAACGGCCAGUUCAGGUUCAGAUUCAGGUUCAGGUUCAGAGCGUCCUGCAGAAAUUCACUGACAUUUACUGAGUCGAUAUUCACCGAGAAAGUAGAUAACUGAUAUUAUCUGCUGCACGCGUUGAUGGAGAAACGACCCUCAGCGGCAUCAUCAUCCCCUGGCACCAAAGACCAGCCAACAGCUCAUCAGGACCUGGUCUUCGUCAGCAGCUGUCAGGCUUCGCUCUCCCCUGGGUCACGUGACCAGUCUGACCGUCCAAUCAGAUGCUCUGAUGGUUUCUCCUCCUUUACAAGCUCUUCGGUGGAUUCAGCUGCACUUUGGUUCAUAUUUCAGCUCAGGAGGACGAGUCGAGUUCAGGUUUUCGACAGAAACUCAAAGUUCCCUCUGUUUUCUGAACAAAGUGACCUCACGGAAACACUCCAGACCAUAAACACUGGAUCUCCGAUGUAACCGACAGCUGCACACAGACACAUUAACCCUUUUUAUUCAGACUUUACUCCAGCUUCAUUUAUCAGCAGCAAUUAAAACGUUCAGGAGCUUUAAUCUGCUUUAGCCUUUUAAUCCUAAUUUCAAUAUUUAAUUUCCUUUAUAUAUUUGACUGAUCUCAGUUAUAAAGGUCGAUUAUCACGUGUUUUUGUAUUGAAUUUGUUCUGAUGUCGAAUAUUUGAAACUGACGCGUUUGUGCCAAAAAGAUUCUUGUUCUCGCCAAAAUCCUCUGGAACAUCCGGAGGAACGCGAAGUGUGUGAGGUCAACGUUAGGAAACUUUGGCGGCUACAUUUUCCCGGUGACGAUCGGCAGGUCCCGGGACUUUAGACCGAUCCCCCAGCACCCGCCCUAAGAUAUUUCUGACCAGCCAUCUCACAAGUCUGAGACUUUAAUUUUAAUAGUUUCCUUUAUCAGCCGAUCGGUAAGGAUUUAAAUGAGCUUUGUCUCUGCCUGUAUCUGAUCUUUUCCCUAACUCAGCCAAAUUUUAAGGGAUACGGAGUCAAUAAAAUCCGAGUCGGCCUAAAAAGCUGCCGUGUGUGGUCCCCACGUCUUCAGAGACGCAGCAUCGACACGCAGGAGACAAUGGUAUGAAUAUGUCCAUUAGAUGAACCGCUUUAAUUUACGGUCCAGCUUUUCACCAAGCGUCAUGGCGCCACUUGUUCCACGAGAAGGAAGCUGGCGGUGCCACUUUCUGGUCCGAGCACGGUGUGACCCGGACCCUUUAACCCCCCCCCCCCAACUGAAAAGACGCGCGAACGUCACGUUUUUCAGCAUCAAAUCAUCAGAAAUGUAGUUUGACGGAAAAAAAACUCUUAUCAUGGAAAUUUUCUGGAGCUUUCAGCAGCAUGUAGUUGCCUUCAUGAGUUCGCUCAGGUGUCAAGAAGUUUUACGAUAUCACGUGAUGAAGGCCACGAGGUGUGGUUGAAAGCUCUGGGAAUUGCUCAGUUUGUCGGUGUGCUAUUCCCAAGGUCAGUAAAAGAACAGUCAGGCUCAGUCAGAACGGGAUAUUGGGCACUAGACUCUCUCUGUUAGGAGGCUGUGAUGCGGGAGGCGUUGUGUUGUCGCUUUACUCAAAUCUCCGUCUCCGAGGACUCAAAGGACCGAACUGUCCUCUGAACCAGGUGUAAACUGUCCAGACAGAGACGCUUUUGAGCGUUUAGGAUUUGCAUUUUUUUAUUUAGUGUUCAUGACAGAAGUUCCCGCAGCCUGCGUUUCCUUUAGCAAGCACUGAAACAUUUAAACUAUCACGGGAAAUAAAAUCAGCCGGGCGUCGGGCAGAA